AUGGUUAGCGCAGGCACAAUAUCUAGCGCACAGGGCGUAUCACUGGCCGCUACCACGUUCGGAGCCGGUAUACUCAGCGAUCGCGUGCCGGCCCGAACCCUAUUAGUGGCCGCGUUUGCCAUAUGCUCCAUAACCACCUUGCUACUAUCAACCGCACCAGUCAGCGCCGGUUUAUUCUCAGCCCUAUGGUUUACAAACGGUGUGGGUCAGGGUCUGGCCCUACCACCCAUGAUUGGUCUGACCCGGUUGCACAGCAAACCGGCACAGUUUGCCACUAAUUGGGCCCUGGUGCUUUUGUCAGUGAACGUGGCCUCCAUUGUUAACCCAUUCGCAGCCACUUGGAUAGCGGGGGCGUACGGCUGGCGCCAAUACAUAGCCUUUGCCGGCGUGCAAACCCUUAUGGUGGGCGCCGUGUGUUAUAUAUUUCUCGAUGGUAACCAGCCUACCAGUGCCGAUAACAAAUCCAAUAAUAAGAGCACUAAAACAACCAACAUUAAACCUGUUGGUGCUAGUGUAUGGCAGCAAAUACUAUCAAGUCCGUUAACCAUGCUCACUAUAGCUAUUAGUUUCAUGGAGGGCGUCGGCCGCUUCGGGAUUAUGGACUGGCUGCCAAUGUAUAUGGAUAAACAGCUCGGGUUUGACCCCUAUCGCACUAGCAUGUUCAUUAGUGUUGCGAGUGUAGGCGGUAUUUUUGGUAAAGUGUUGGCUGGUAAGCUUAGCGAUACCCUGGUUGGCCGGGCACAGCCCUCAAACACUGACCCCCUCUGGCGCCCCCGGGCCCGCCUCCUGGUAUCGGUGGUCAUGUUUGCUGUGAACGCCGUUGGCUUACAUGCUCUGUGUUUCGGUACAUAUGAGAGCUCCGGCACACUAUGGUUAGUGAUGACAGCGCUGCUAAUAGGUGUGGCUAUAUCUGGUAAUGUGGUUAAUAUAUCAGUGAUGGGCACCGAGUUGGGACCCAAGGAGUUGGCGGGCACCUACUCUGCUAUUGUUACCUUGGCCGGUUUAGUUGGCGGUGUGUUCGCUGGCCUCCCAUUGUCUACAGUCGCAGAGUAUUACUCAUGGAAUGCGGCGUUUAUUGUGAUCGAGAUUAUUUAUUGUUUGGCCGACGAGGAAAACCAAACUUAUAAUACCGAUGAAGUAGAUAUAACCACCGUUAAAACAGCACUAACCGGCAAUAAACACAACCCUGAUGAAACUAAAACAAAACACAUAACACCAGAUACAGAUAAAACUUUCACAAACGACCAGGAUCACAACAAAAAAUCACAUCUAGAUGCCAAAAACAGUCCACCUGACGGUACCGAUGAAUACCAAGGUUACGAUGGGGGUGUGGCUAAGAACAAGGACAAUAAGGUCAAAGUUCACGACAAGUCGCCCACCGACGAAGCCGUAGAGCCCAGUGAUGUUGAUUUGGCCAAAGAUUAUAAAAAGGUUUCCAUUGGGGGUAACAAAGACUUCAAUAGCCGUAACACAGGCUAUGGUUACGAUCCCGACAAUAAAGGUAACGAUGAGUACGGCAAAGAUCAGGAGACAUAUGGUAACCCUGUUAAACCUGGUGAUGAAAAACAACCUGGUGCUGAUAAAAAGCCCCAUGGUCAAAAACCUGGAUACGAAGAGAGUUAUGAUGAUGGUUUUAAUGUGCCUGAUACUGGUAAAGAGCAUAAAAAACAACCAGGUUCAUUGCCAGAUACGCCAGUCGCCGGUGCGGGUGAUAAGUAUCCCGAAGACAAAUACACUGGAGUUGAAACCAAAGACAAAUACCCGGGUAGUGAUGGCUACAGCCCUGUAAAACCUGGUGAAAAAUAUCCAGAAAUUGACACCAAAGACAAAUACCCUGAUAAUGAUGGCUACGGUCAGCCAAAACCUGGUGAUAAACACCCUUCAAUUGACACCAAAAACAAAUACCCUGAUAAUGAUGGCUACGGUCAGCCAAAACCUGGUGAUAAACACCCUUCAAUUGACACCAAAAACAAAUACCCGGGCAAUGAAGGCUACGGUCAGGUAAAACCUGGUGAUAAAUACCCUGGUGUUGGCGACAGUGGCAAAGGUCAAGGAGAAUACCCGUCAGGCGGUGCCGAUUACGACUUUGGGGGCGCCGUUGGGGGUAAUGAUAAGGGAGUAGUGGUGGGCGGCGGCGAUAAGGGUGUCAAUGAAGUGGGCGGCGGUUACGAUAAACAUGAGAAACACGUGGUGAUCGGCAAUCAUGUAGUGGACACCUUAAUAGAUCUAAUUAAACGAGACUAUCGGGUCGAUUUUGAGAAAGUAGCACUGUCAGAGGUGGGUCCCAUUAAACAUGGUCGAUGGGGUGAGUAA